CCGUCGACUAUCCUAUUCCGGGAAAGACGCCGCAGUUAAUUUUCCUACGAUAUAUACCAACUACACGAACUUGGCUAUCGAUAACGAUCGCGAUAUAAGAAAACAAGUAUCUUUUUUUACACAUCGCUACUUUGAAAGUGUUUUCGUUCGAUCUGCCAAAAAGAAGAAAAGAAAGAGAAGAAAGAGAAUGAAAUUGAGUGACGACAGUACAUGCAUUUCCUACAGAGAAGUUAUUAAAGGAAUGACAAAGGCGCCUUCUUAUGUCAACGGGUGAAAAGGGAAACCAAAUCGUGAAGUUUUUGUCAGACGUGAUCCAUCUUGGUGUCUCAAUCAAGUGAUCUAUCGAAUCGCACCACAGCAUCACAUACCCCAACUUUUCAAGAUUUCUCACCUUCGAAAGUCACGCACGAGCGUUUUUCCUCUACCUUCCGGAGCGUCGCGUACUUACUCAAGCCUUAUCGACAGCCUCGUGGAUUUACUACUGCCGAAGCUUGUCUUCUCAUUCGCCUGCUCGUAGAUGCUGUGGAUCCAAGUUGAGAUGCACCGAGUAUCAAGAAUCUAUUACACGUCGAAGUUACACAUCAUUUUGCAAAUGCAUACAGACGACUCGUGAGUCGUGAGCGGACUUUCGAGUGCGUCAUUAGACGCGCUCAAACGUUCGCAACUGUGCAUAUUCUCAACGACCUCGAUGAUGAAGAAGCUGUGCUUAAAAAAACUGGUCGACCAUCAUCAAGGCGGACUCUCGAAAAUUCGCGACCGACAGGGAUGAAAAUAACGUACAAAAUACGUGUGCCUCGAACGAGACACGGGUGUCUCGUCUGGGGAUUCGACAUCGUAAUCGCGUGGGGAAAUAAACGACCAAACGAUGAUGAUGGAACACAAACAAACGAUACUGCUGGCACCCUCACUCAGCAACAGCAGUUGUUGGCGAAGCGGCACAUCCGAUGCCGCUUGGACAGGUCCGGGCCCUGGAGAACUGAUACGAGCUGCUCUGAUAUUGCUACUCAGUCUUGGUAUCCUAUGCGCCAAUCUACUGGUGAUAUGUGUCAUCAAUAGCAGACAGUACAGCAAAUAUAUACAUGCUCAGCCCAGAUAUUUACUGACGAGCUUAGCAAGUAACGACCUAGCGAUUGGUCUUUUAGUGACGCCUUUCGGUUUCUUACCAGCUGUUUACGGAUGUUGGCCGUACGGUGAAGUUGUCUGUCAAAUUCAGGCACUCCUUAGAGGCGCUUUGACUCAACAGAGCGCUGUUAUCCUCGUCUGCAUGGCAAUCGACCGUUAUGUUUGCAUGCUGCACCCUCAUCGCUAUCACAAGCACUCUUCUAAAAGGUAUUACAUGCGGCAGGGCUGUGUGGCAGUGAUGUCGACCACUUGGAUAGCGAGCGUGGCAAUUUUCGGGGUUCUGGUACUCCCCAGAGGCGGUUACUACUUCAACGGAUCUGGCCUUCUCGCCUGCGAUCCCUUCUUUGCUAGAGCAUCCCUUAGGAUCCUAGCGUGUUGCUGUUUUUAUUUCCCAACGACGAUGGUGCUGAUGUACUGUUACGGCUCGGCUUUCCACGUUAACAAACUACGCUUGAAAAGAGUAGUCUGUGUUAACACGCCGGAGGUCGUUAGUGGCGGCCACAUAGAAAGGCUUGUCGCCCAUGAGAGACGAUUGUCGACCUCAGCUUCGCGAACAAUGGCUGCAAUGAGUUUAGGUUUCAUCGUUAUGGUCACGCCAUGGACGAUUCAGGAAGUCGUUGCAGCCUGCACCGGAAGUAAGCCACCGCCAUUUCUCGACUUCCUGGCCACGUGGUUAGCUCUUUCCAACAGCUUCUGGAAUCCUUUCCUUUAUUGGCUGCUCAACAAUCAUUUCCGCCGAAUUUCGAGAGAGUUUCUCUAUACUAAGAUUCUGUGCAGAUCUAAGCCGUUAGGAACAAAACAACACUGCUGCUCGACUAGCACCGGUGGCUUAGAUGUUUGCAGCAUUGCAGGUAUCGAUCUAUCAGGUUUGGAGCGUUGCUCAAUGGAACGAUGCUCAAUGGCGCGUUGUUCCUCGUUAUCAUUAGCGAAUACACCGCCACUCCCUUGGGAAACCGGACAUGUAACACAUGGUGACGUAGUAUCCACGUGAGCCACAGAUGCCGCCACGCAAACGGAGGAUUUCGGAUCUCCGGACGACGCCAGUUAGUACAGCGUGGCGGCAAGCCGACAUUCGAUGUUCCAAAACUACUGGGCACAAUAUCCGUCAUCUACGCACCGAUAUCUGCAAGAUCAUGUCGCAUCCUCGCUGGCACGAGGACGAGUUUCGCUCAUCGAA